AUGGCGUAUGAGAGGGCAAACUACCCGCCUGCUCGCUGCUCGCCACCUUUUGGCGACUGUGUUAGUGGGAAUUCAGAUGUUGAGCCCCUGAUUGUCGUGCACAACAGCCCAUGCCAAAGCUGGUUUAUAUUUCAAGUGAUUAUGUUUGAGGUGAUCUUGAUGCAGUCGAAAGUGGAUGGUGUAUUGAGCAUCGCUGUCUGUGCUUUCAUGUACGUGCCAAUGACAGACGACGAGAAGGAUAAGGCAGCUGCAGAUAGAGCAUUAGCUUUCAAUGUUGCCUGGACGCUGGAACCACUUGUGUUUGGGGAUUACCCUCCAGAAAUGAGGAGUAUCCACGGACCCGAGUUACCAAGUUUUUCUGCAGAGGAAAGGGUGCUUUUGAGGGACAGCAUAGACUUUAUUGGGAUAAACCAUUAUGCAAAGGAUUGCACCCAUUCCGUUUGCGUCUGCAACAUAUCUAGUUGCGUCCAAGGCAGCGACCGUACAAUCAGGGGCUUCACCUACACUGGUGUUCCGAUUGGGGAGCGAGUGAGAAUAAUCUUGACUGUUCUUUUCUUUGAGGACAUUGAUGAAUCGGCGAAUUUUUGA